UCUGUGCCCAAUUUUGGAGCCAGCUCCUCCUGGAUUGUCCCGGCCAAUCAACAGACCCCACAUUGUUGCCUAAGAGAUCCCGGAUGCCAGCAAUCGGGUUUAUAGAUGGUGAUUGGACUGGUCGAAAGUGGGUGGGGGCUGGAAGGAGUCAAAGGAAAACCUACGACCCAGCGCAACUAUGGCAACCCCAGAGCCAGAGGCUUGAAGAAGGAGACGAGCUAAAAGAGGUGUAAUUUUUCUUAUGGAAGAAUAUCCAGGCCUUUCAUAAUGGCAUUUGCACCUCCAAAACACAUAGAUGGCUCCAAAAUGCAGACCAAGAUGAGCACCUGGACACCCCUAAACCAUCAGCUUUUGAAUGACCAGGUAUUUGAAGAAAGAAGAGCUCUGCUUGGGAAAUGGUUUGACAAGUGGACGGACUCUCAGAGAAGAAGAAUCCUCGUGGGCCUGUUGGAGCGCUGCUCCCUAUCCCAGCAGAAGUUCUGCUGUCAGAAGCUGCAGGAGAGGAUCCCGGCAGAGGCCCUGGACUUCACCGCGAAGCUUCCAAGGGUGUUAUCUGUCUACAUCUUUUCCUUCCUGGACCCACGAAGCCUUUGUCGUUGUGCGCAGGUGAGCUGGCACUGGAAAAACUUGGCUGAGCUGGACCAGCUCUGGAUGCUCAAAUGUUUACGCUUUAACUGGUACAUCAAUUUCUCUCCUACCCCCUUUGAGCAGGGGAUUUGGAAGAAGCACUAUAUUCACAUGGUGAAGGAACUUCAGGUUACCAAGCCUAAGACACCUCCAAAAGAUGGAUUCACAGUUGCCGAUGUUCGGCCAGUUGCCAGCAUGUCUCCAGAGGAAAGCCAGUCCCUUCCAUUAGCUCUCCGGUCCUCCUCUUUAAGAAAAAAGAAUAAUGCAGCAGAGAAAGAGCUUCCACCGUGGCGAGCCUCCGAUAAGCAUCCGACUGAUAUCAUCCGUUUUAAUUAUCUAGACAAUUGUGACCCUGAGUACAUCUGGCAAGGAAGAAAAAAGAAGAAUGAAGUGACCCCAGGUUUCAACCACCAGUCACCCAGUAAGAGAGACAAGCUGCGGGAUCGAGCCCGGCUAAGGAAAGCACAGUCGCUGAUGUACCUAGGUUCCAGUUCCCCUCCAAAAGCUCCAUCUCGUCUCGCUUGGCCUGCUCACCUAUCAGUGGGACCCUCGGCCCCCGAAGCAGCAACUAAAAUUCUCAUGGACUACCUUCAGAAGCCCCCUGGGCUCCCAUCACUCCCCAUGUUGGCUCCAGAGCCAAAGCUGAUUUGAGAAUGGGGGUGAAAGAGAUGGCUUAGCAGUUAAGACACUUGCCUGCAAAACCGAAGAACGCAUGUUCAAGGUUCCAGGCCCCAUGUAGCCGGAUGCAAAGUGACGCGUGCACGCAAUGUUGCACUUUCGCAUAAGGGGAUGCACAUGUCUGGAGUUUGUUCACAGUGUCUGAAAGGCCCUGGCAUGACCAUUUUCUCUCUCUCUCUCUCUCUCAAAAAUAAAAUAAAAUAAAAAAGAAUGGGA